UAAAUCAAAUACUCAAAUAAAAAAAAACCAAAAUUCAAAAUUCUCUUCCUCUUCUACUAGCCUUCGAUCAGCGUAACUUUGUCGGAAGUGGAUCGUUCGAUGCGCACGGUCGAGAAGCAGUGCAUACUCCAAAGCAACCCAUAAAAUCUAUGACCCUUUCCCCCUUUUAGCUUUAAUCUAAUCAAGUAAUCCUCCAAGAAAGGAAGCAUUUCUUGCUUUUUUGGGCUAAAAAUCUCUCUCAUAUGGCGGUUUUUUCUUUCACCGUUUUGGGCUGAAUCGCUAUCAGAACAUGGUCAGAUUACUCUCUCUUCGAUUUCAGUUAGAGUACUUUUCUUUCUCUGUUUAUCAUACUAUGGAUCCAAAAAAUGUUGAACUUUUAUGAAUUGAAAGCUUUGCAGCUGAAAUUAAACUCUUAUAGUUUUGAAAAUUGCUUGUCCAAACCGGGUAGUCGCUUGAGGGCUAUGAGAGUGAGAUUGGCAAAGAAGAGAAGAGCUAUCAGGCGUAUGAGACAGUCGCUAAGUGCUCUGCAAAUUGCAGCUGAACAGAUUGACCGACGGAACGAGCGAAUUAUUGCAGAGAAUGCUCUCAUUGAUCAAUUGGUUUACGAUCUUCUGGCUGAGAUUGAAAACGAUCCUUUAAUCCGUGCUCAGAAUCUUGAUGGAAGGAACAUUAUUACAAACCAAGCUCCACCUCCCCGCGGCGGCGCCGAUGACGGUCGUAAGUGGUGUGUUGGUGGGCUUUAUUACGCUAGAGGUGGUGGUGGAGCUUAAGGUUUUACGGUUUUUUUUUUUUUUCGCAUAACCCCGCCCCUCCUACGUUAAAAGCAAUAUUCAAAUUUGAGAAUUUUUUUUGUUUUUGGGUUUUUUAUUUAUACCAUAAUCAAGCCCGCCCUUGCUUCUACAAGCAAGGCUUUAAUGAUUAUAUAAUUAUGAUUAUGAAUUUAUGGCUUUUUAAAAGUAUUGUUA